UGUUGAAUUAUGAUGCAGGAUAUACUAGUUGUCGGAGGGCACAUCAAUCAUGACAACACUGAUAAGGGAAAUGUAUUCAAUGUUCCCUCAAAUAAAUUCGCAGAACUGAAUAUGUUUCUUGAUCCUUUGGCAGCGAAGACAGUUUUGAGUUCAGACCUCAAUAUCACUCUUAUUCCACUUGGCAUACAACGGAAAUUCAGUGCAUUUCCUAAGAUUCAUAAAACAGUACUUCAGCUAACUAAGAAGACGCCUGGAGUAAUUUUUGUGAAGCGUUUACUGUCAAAGUUACAGCAUCUGCAAAAGACACAUCCUACAUACAAGCAUAUGGAUAUAUUUGUUGGAGAAAUACUCGGAGCAGUAAUUUUGGCUGGUGAUUCUGUACUGAAAUCAACUUUUGAUGUGAAGAAAAUUGAUGUCACUGCGACUGGAUAUGAAUCUGUAGAUGGACAGAUAAUUAUCGACGAAAAACAAGGCAAAACAGUGAAAGUAUUGGAGAAUGUGGAUCAUUUAGGUUAUUACAAUAUUUUUGCAAAUAGACUAAGUGAUAUGAAGUAGUCAGUUUACCAUAAACAAACAUUAUGAGCAGAAGAGGAAAUGGGAAACUAUUUAUUUUCGUAUGUUAAUGAUAGUAUUUGUUUCUUGUACAAUUGAUUCCAGUUGCAAUGCAAAGUG